GCGGCGGCGGCGGCGGGGCCCGGCGGGGCCGGGGCGGGACCCCACGAUGCCGCAGCUGGAACCGACGGGGGGGGACGACCUGGGGGCUCCCGACGAGCUCAUCGCCUUCCAGGACGAGGGCGAGGAGCAGGACAAGGGCGCGGGGCGCGGCUCGGCCCACGGGGACCUGGACGAGCUCAAGUCCUCGCUGGUCAGCGAAACCGAGAACCGCGGGGGCCCCGGCCCCGGGGGCGGCCCCGGCCCCGAGGCGGAGCGGCCCCCGCCGCCCCGGGAAAGUUUCCAGAAGCCGCGGGACUCUCUGGCAGAAGUGGUCAGACGACAACAAGAUGGGGUUUUUUUUAAGGGCCCCCCCUAUCCCGGCUACCCCUUCCUGAUGCUCCCCGAGUUGGGUAGCCCCUACCUCGCCAACGGAGCCCUCUCCCCCGGCGGCGCCCGCACCUACCUGCAGAUGAAGUGGCCGCUGCUGGACGUGCCGGCCGGGGCCACGCUGAAGGACAGUCGCUCGCCCUCGCCCGCACACCUGUCCAACAAGGUCCCGGUGGUGCAGCACGGCCAUCACAUGCACCCGCUGACGCCGCUCAUCACCUACAGCAACGACCCCUUCCCACCGGGGUCCCCACCCGGCCACCUCUCCCCGGAGAUUGACCCCAAGACGGGGAUCCCGCGGCCGCCGCACCCCCCUGAGCUGCCCCCCUACUACCCGCUGUCCCCCGGAGCCGUGGGGCAGCUCCCGCACCCCCUGGGCUGGCUUGUGCCACAGCAAGGACAGCCCGUGUACUCCAUCCCUCCCGGUGGCUUCCGGCACCCGUAUCCCGCCCUCGCCAUGAAUGCCUCCAUGUCCAGUUUGAUGUCCAGCCGCUUCUCCCCACACAUGGUCCCACCGCCCACCCAUGGGCUGCACCCCUCGGGCAUCCCACACCCCACCAUUGUCUCACCCAUCGUCAAGCAGGAGCCCACCCAGCCCAGUGCCAGCCCCGGAGGCAGCUCGAAAUCCCCUGUGGCAGUGAAGAAGGAGGAGGAGAAGAAGCCCCACAUCAAGAAGCCACUCAACGCCUUCAUGCUGUACAUGAAGGAGAUGAGGGCCAAGGUGGUGGCUGAGUGCACGCUGAAGGAGAGCGCUGCCAUCAACCAGAUCCUGGGCCGGCGGUGGCACUCGCUGUCGCGGGAGGAACAGGCCAAGUACUACGAGCUGGCGCGGAAGGAGCGGCAGCUGCAUUCGCAGCUCUACCCGACCUGGUCGGCGCGGGACAACUACGGCAAGAAAAAGAAGCGGAAGCGCGAGAAGCUGGCGCAGCAGCAGAGCCACGACACGGACAGUGAGUACCCCCCCCCCGCCUCCCCCUGCGCCAGGCUCCGGCCGCUCACGCUGUGCCUGCCCUCCCCAGGCUCCCUGCCCUCCAAGAGCAAGAAGCCGUGCGUGCCAUACCUGCCACCCGAGAAGCCGUGUGCCAGCCCGGCCUCGUCCCACGGCAGCAUGCUGGACUCGCCCGCCACGCCCUCGGCCGCGCUGGCCUCGCCCGCCGCGCCGGCCCCCACCCACUCGGAACAGGCCCAGCCACUCUCGCUCACCACCAAGCCAGAGGCCAGGGCUCAGCUCGCUGUGCAUUCCACUGUCCUCUCCAGCAAAGCCUCCUCUUCUUCCUCCUCUUCCUCUUCCUCUUCCUCCUCCUCCUCCUCCUCCUCCUCCUCCAGCCUCAGCAGCCCACCCUCGCUCCUCUCCAGACCCAUCCCCUUCCCCUCGGUGCCCCCCACGGCUCUCGUCUCCUCGCCCCCUGGCUCUGUCCCGGCUGCCUUGGCCGUGCUGCAGACACAACCCCUUUCCCUGGUCACCAAACCUGCUGACUAAGGGAAAAACCUCAUCCCCCCUCGUCCCCUUCACCCAUCCCCUCCCCGCUGUACAUUGCAGAAGCCACAAUCAAGAUUCAAACGCAGCCAAAACCAUUAUUGGUCAAUAUUUGACCCUUUCUGAACUUUUUGGAAGCAGACUCUGGAGGAAGGGGCUUUCUACUCAGAGCUGCUGCCAGCAGUCGACCUAAAGACU